AUGCCAGAGUUUUCAGACACUAUUAUCAGGCUCUUUGACGGUCUCGAGAAGAGAGAGGCCACCGGCGAGGGUGGUUUACUUACUGGUUCUGAUCCAUCGGCUUUCGAUGUUUCGGACCCGCUGAGGUUAUGGAUCAUUCAAGUUGGUGUCAUUAUAAUGAUGGCACAGUUGCUUUCUCUGGGCUUGGGCAGGAUGAAGCAACCAAAAGUUAUCGCCGAGGUUCUUGGCGGCAUCCUUCUGGGCCCAACGGCCUUUGGACGUAUACCCGGCUUUACCCAACAUAUAUUCCCUUCCCAGUCACUGCCAUACCUAUCUCUCGUCGCUAAUAUUGGCCUUUGCCUGUUUCUCUUCAUCGUUGGUCUCGAAAUCGACGCCAGUGUCAUCAAGCGCAAUGCUCGCAUGUCAGUUAUUGUAUCGCUCGCAGGCAUGGCUUUACCCUUUGGCCUCGGGUCUGCGUUGUCUAUUCCCUUAUACCACCAAUUCGUCGACCCAUCCGUCCAGUUCACGUAUUUCAUGCUGUUCACCGGCGUCGCAUAUUCUAUAACCGCUUUCCCCGUACUGUGUCGUAUUCUUACCGAGCUCAAGCUCUUGGAUACCACUGUUGGCAUUAUUGUCCUCUCAGCUGGCGUAGGCAAUGAUGUCGUGGGUUGGACUCUCCUGGCGCUGAGUGUAGCGCUUGUUAAUGCUGGUUCCGGUCUUACUGCCCUAUGGGUGCUACUUUCAUGCGUGGCAUUCACAAUAUUUCUCUUGUUGGUCGUCAAGAGAGCAAUGCUCUGGCUUGCCAGAGCCACGGGCAGUACAAACGAUGGUCCUACCAUGUUUUACAUGACUGUUGUCAUGAUCUUGCUUUGGGCGUGUGCAUUCUUUACGGAUAGCGUGGGCGUCAAUGCGAUUUUUGGUGCAUUCCUAGCCGGUAUUAUUGUACCGAGGGAGGGCGGUCUCGCCAUUGCUUUGACGGAGAAGCUGGAAGAUAUGGUCACCAUUGUAUUUCUGCCUUUGUAUUUUACCUACUCAGGGCUGAACACUAAUCUUGGACUCCUUGAUGACGGUAUCACUUGGGCUUUUACAAUUGCCAUCAUAUGCCUUGCAUUCUUGGGCAAGUUUGGUGGAUGUACAAUUGCCUCAAGGUUGUCUGGUUUCAGCUGGCGUGAAGCCAGUACAAUUGGAGCACUCAUGAGCUGUAAGGGUCUCGUAGAGUUGAUCGUGCUUAAUGUCGGUCUCUCCGCUGGCAUUUUGUCUCAGAAAGUUUUUUCCAUGUUUGUGCUAGAAGCUUUGACGCUCACGUUCAUGACCACCCCACUCGUCACAGCAUUGUAUCCUCCAGAACGGCGUGUUAUCGCCACUUCAGGCGGAGCUCCGCCCCAGAUUCGCGACGAGGAGGGUGAUGCAGACAAGAAAUCUCUUGUGAACGAGGAACAGCCCUGGCGGUAUCGCUUUACCGUCGUUCUCGACAAACUCGAACAUAUGCCAUCCAUAAUGGCCCUCACGCAGCUCGCCCGUCCUCCUGUACCGGAUUUCUCCUCGCUCACUACCGCUGUGUCCAUGUCUGCUGCAUCUGACCCAGCCCCGUUGAAGUACAAGAUGCCCGAAGUGAGCAUCAGUGCACUCCGCCUCAUCGAGCUCUCGGAUCGUCCGUCGGCGGUGAUGAAAUCAUCCACUACAGAUACGCUUAUCCAUACCGAUCCGCUCCUGGGCAUAUUCCGCAUGUUUGGAGAACUGAAUGAUUUGCUCGUGUCGACAUCGCUCACCAUCGUGCCGCAUGACGAUCUUGCUUACAACGUUGUGGAUCACGCCAAGCGAAAUGCAUCCCAGCUCAUACUGCUCCCGUGGUUGCCACCUUGCGCUGGGACUGCUGAAACAAGCGAAGGCGCAACGCCACGGCGAGAAAAGUUGGACCACAACCCUUUCGAGGCUAUUUUCGGCACAUCAAGAGAUAAAUCUACAUCUACCGUCCACUCGCAGUUUGUACGUGGGGUAUUCGCACAAAGUCGGACAGAUGUCGCCCUGUUUGUCGAUCCUGGAAAUCAUAUCAACACGUGUGCGGGGACAGGCGGCUCGUAUCACGUCUUUUUCCCGUUCUUUGGCGGUCCUGAUGACCGCCUUGCGCUGGAAUUUGUGGUGCAGCUCUGUGCGAACCCAAAGAUCAAUGCAACGGUGAUUGAAAACACUCCAAUCGAGCGGCCUCUUACGGCCCACUCCGAUAUCAAAGCUGAUACUGACUUUCUCGCACUUCCUCAUCAACAUGGAUUGACGACAUCAUCAAUAGUAGGAUUCCCAGACACUGUCUACGGGCAACCCAACACCGAAAUGCGUAUGCAGUCUGAAACAGCCGACAGCAUAACCUGGUCACGAUAUGCGGGCCGCAAUCUAUCAGAUUCGGAUAUACCUGGGCCGUUGCGUGUUGCACUUUCGCGGAUCAAUUUCACAAACCUUGCAUCCCCUGUCCCGCUGCACGCUGCGAUCCAGCGCGCAUCAAUGUGUCAGCGGGUGUUGGUUGUCGCUGGACGGUCGAAGCGAUUGGCAGUGGAGAACCAUCAUGCUGAGUUGAAAGAUCUGGUGGAGGAGUAUAGGGUGGUAGGGCAUGAGGUGACAAGUAAGACGAUCGGGGAUGUGGCAACUGCGUUCAUGGUGUCUGGGUGUGCGACUGCGAUGGUUGUGCUGCAGGCUGCGAAUGUGGGGUUGGAGUAG